UAAAUCAACUCACUCAAAAUUUUAAAUGUUAUACUAUGUUUGUCCUGCAUGUCAUUCCAAAUCCCCAAAUUAUUAGGCCUCCUGUCUCCCGUGUCCUGUCGCUUGUCCAAGCCAUACAUGCACAUUUCCCACACUAUAAAAAGCUUUAAAUAUGGCCAUCUUUUUGGAGGACGCAGAUUGUAGUAACUCCUCGUGCUCUUUAAACGAACUGUCAACGUUUGUGAAGAAGAAAAAUUGCUGCUGUUUGUUGAUUCUUGAUGAUUUUCCUGAUGGAGAAUGCCAAAUAGGAGCAUUCCUAAGCGAUGUGUGCCAUUUAGUGGUGAAUGAUGCUAUUACAACGUAAAACUGAUCAAGUAUAGUAGAGGAAACAAGUUUAUAAUACCCCAAAACAUUUUUUUUUUUUUAAAUAAAUCAAGGGGCCACUCAAGAGUGUGGGUGCACCACAUGUGGCCAGUGGGCUGCCAGUUUUGCAUCCCUGAGAGAGAGUAAUAUAAAAUAGCCAAAUACAGGGAACAUCCAGCUAAACAACUACUCACAUCGCAGUCACACCUUUAGACAAUUUAGAGUCUUGAAUUAAACUAACAUGUUUAUUUUGGAAGGAAGCCACAGUAAAAUCCACAUAAGCACUGGGAGAAUAGUCAAACUUGACACAGGGACAUCGGAGCCAAGACUUGAACUCCCAAUCGCAAAACUGUGAGCCUGGCGGGCUGUCACGAGUGAAAUUUUUUUUUUUAGAAUUGAUUAUUCCAUUGAUUAAUCAAAUAACUGGAUCAAAAUUGUAUUUACUGAAAUAAUCUUUCCCUGAUUUCUGAUUAUUAACAGAUUAUUAUUAUUGUUUAUUUUGCAUUGUUCCAUGAUUAAACAAACAAACAAAAAAACAACAAUUAAGCAAUAUCACAGGACAGGGAGUUAUGUUGUAUUCACCAACCUUUUUGAAGUUGAGAAGUACGUCUUUGGUACUGACUUAUACUAAUAGGAUGGGCAACCAUAUGAGGCUGCGUCAGGUUCAAUUACCUGUCAAUUACCAGUUAUUUAUGCUACGGCUGCAAAUAAAGACCAUUUUCUUAAUAGAUUAAAUCAACUCUUAUGUUUUCCAUAAAUAAAUUAUGAUAUAUUUACUGAUUUAUCAGAAGAUAGGAGAAAGUUGAUCAAUGUGUUUCAAAGUAAAAGCACAAGUUUGCAAAGGUCUUAUUUUAAUUAAACACUAAAGACGACAGAAAUCAGCAAAUAUGUAUUGUUGAGAGGCUGAAAUAAGAGGAUUGGGAUACUUUUUAAGUUAAACAAUGGCCCUGAACUAAAUAAUUAAUCAAUUACCAAAAACGUUGUCGAUUCAUUUGAUGAUCGAUUUAUUUAUUUUUUUUGUCGAUUAAUUGACACCUAUAGAUUAGUGUCACCCAUAGCACUGUAUUUUGAUUUUUGAGUGUCACUCAGUGGCAGCAAAAAAGCAUAAUAGAGAAACAAUCGUCCAUUAUUUAUCGUUCACCUCUUUAGUGUAGAGGAGGUCUCCCAUCACAUUUCCUGCCAGACCAGAGUUGUGUCUGGAUAUCAUCUCUCCCUGCAGCUCGAUCAGCAGCCACUCUGGAGGACUGCUGCCAUCCACACUUCCUCUGGCAACAAACAUUAACCAGUGGCACAUUACUGGCGCCUCCAAUAUCGUAAGGAACCGUUGUAGGCAUGAUUCUACGAAAUACUGUACAGACGCUUGUGUCUUUUUAAAAGCCACGAAUACAUUUGGUAAAAACUUGAUCAAAUAUAGAAAAUCAGUUCGUUCGCCUCUUACCGUAUGACUAUUUGAACCAUUGUCGAACUACAGUAUCAAAGUUUAUAGUUGACAAUCACGUUUCCCGCCAGCUGAAUACGUCCCCCCGCCCCCUCUCGGAGCUAUGACGCACUUCCGUUUGAUAGUGGCUGUCGUCUUGUUCGUUUCCGGUUCAGAGGUUUUCAACGUGGCUGCCUCUGUUUCCCAGCGUGUGUAAAUUAUGUAAAAGUUGCGUGAGCCGCGCUUACAACGCACUGAAGCUGCUUCUGUGGAGAGCACGUAGCAAACUCACGUGUUUGCCAGGCUCUCCUACUCGUGUUCAGGAGCCACCUGAGCGUGGUUUUGCCCCUUUUGGAGAAAAUGGGUGAGUUCAAGGUACACCGGGUUCGCUUCUUCGACUACAUGCCCAGCGCUAUCCGAGCCAUGGCGUUCAACAGCCGAACAGAACGGCUUGCUGUGGCCCGUGCUGACGGAACCGUGGAGGUCUUUAACUUCACCGACAACUACUUCCAAGAAAAGGUGAUCCCCGGACGGGAUGGUGCAGGCAUUGAGGCUCUGUGCUGGGCGCGUCAGCGUCUCUUCAGUGCUGGUUUAAAUGGAGAGAUCACCGAGUAUGACUUGGAGAACUUGCAGCCCAAGUCCACAGUGGAUGCCUACGGUGGGCCGAUUUGGACCCUCAGCAGCAACAGCAAGGGAACACUGCUGGUGGUUGGAUGUGAAGAUGGGACAUUGAAGAUAUUUGAAAUACUGGAGGACAGGAUUCAGUUUAAGAGGAACUUUGACAGGCAGAAAAGUCGUGUCAUCAGUCUUUCUUGGCAUCCCUCUGGUACGCUGCUGGCUGCUGGCAUGAUGGACAUGAUCCGAAUAUUUGAUGCCAGGACUGGUCACAGCGCACACAGAUUGCUUGUUGAAAGAGGUGUAGGAGCAUGCAAGAGCAAAGAGGUGGUGGUUUGGAGUGUUGUCUUCUUAUCCAAUCACACUAUCGUCAGUGGUGAUUCUGUUGGAAAGGUCCAGAUGUGGGACGGAGUCACAGGAACACUCAUCAGCACUCACUUCGUCACCAAGUGGGAUGUGCUUGCCCUUUCCGUAUCCGAGGAUGAGAGCAGCCUCAUAGCCGGGACAUCAGAAGGCACUGUGGUCCAGUUCCAGUUUCUUCCUUGCACCGUCAAUGAGCAAGACAAGGACUGGGUCCGGACCAGAACCUUUAAAAACCAUUCGCAUGACGUGAGGGCACUGGUCCACACUGACAUUUCUGUUGUUUCUGGAGGUAUGGAUACACAACUGGUAGUACGACCCCUGCUGGACAAAGUGGAGAAGAACACCCAAGAGUCAGCCCUACGCAAAAUAGUCUUCCCUCAUAGGAGUCUGGUGUGUUGUGCUAAGAAGUCGGGGCUGCUGCUCUUCCAGUUCCCUGAUCAUCUCGAGCUGUGGAGACUCGGGGAGAGUGAGGGGCACGGAAAGCCUGGUGACAGUCUACCGCUGAAGAGGAAACCAGAGAAGCUGAUUCAUCUGAAGAGGAAGGGUGAUGAUCAUGUUUGGUGCAGUGCUCUGUCUCCAUGUGGAGAGUGGCUGGCGUAUUCAACUGUCUCCAGCAUUCGUCUUUACAGGCUACAGAUCCACGACAACAUCAUCAGCAUCACAAAGGUUUCUAAAGUACCCAAGAUCCUUCACUCAGCCCAGCAGCUCUGCUUUUCCUCCGAUUCCUCCAAACUCUUUGCAUCCUGCAGCCACUCAUCAGUCAUUGUGGUUUCCCUCAGCCAGUCAGAGUGCAAAUACGUUCACACAUUGAAACCUGAGCCAGGUUCCAGACAUCCAGUCCACCUGUUGCAUGCGAGUGACGAUGGCAACUGGCUCGUUGCAGCCAACACGGGCGGAGAGGUCCACGUCUACAACCUUCAAACGCUCAAGCUUCACUGCACAGUGCCAGUGUACAGCUCCUGUCCUACCGCCUUGGCGCUUCACCCAACCACCAGAAACCUCAUUACAGUGCACGCAGACCAGCAGAUAUUUGAGUUCUCUCUGUUGCAAAAGGAGUACACCGAGUGGAGUCGCAAACUGCAGAAAGAAGGGCUGCACCCUUUAUGGCUGCAGAGGGACACGCCCAUUACUCACAUCACCUUCAACCCCAAGAACUCGGCUCAUAUUCUUCUGCACGAUAUGUUUAUGUUCUGUAUCAUCGACAAGAGCCUGCCCCUCCCGGAAGCAAAGUCUCAGUUCUCCAAUCAGAUGACACUUCGGAGUCUCCCUGAGUCCGACAGGAUAAGACACAGCCACUCAUUCAAGAUUUGCAAAACCUUUCAGCCCCUCUUGAGUUUGAGCCUGCUGGAGGACCAGUCCCUAGUCGUGGUGGAGCGUCCUCUGCUGGACAUCCAAUCUCAGCUGCCUGCACCUGUACGACAGAAGAAGUUUGCCACAUAAACAAAAGAUCACAAAACCAGGUUUCGUCUGGCGUGCCAGCACAGAUCUCGUUUGUCAAAGAGUUGUAGCUGGACCACAUCCCAAAAUAGCAGAAUGUUGCCACUUUGUAAAGAACCUUUUGAUAAAUAAACAACCAUUUACCAUCAUCCUUGUUCGAGUAGCUAUUUGCUGUCCUCCAUAAUUGUAAUGUUCUCUCUGCUAACAAGGAAGAGUGUUAUGUGAAGGUCAAUGGGCUGGUUUGAUCGUCCUGCAAGUGACGUCACGCUUGCUGUGUCCAGGGCCACAGCCCGCAAAUGAUGGGACCCAAUCGGUGGUCACAAUUCUGAACUGAUGCAUAGGAAAUAUUGUGCCACAAUACAUGACAUUCAGCGCUUAUUUGCUUAGGGACUACACAAUGCAUUGGUCACACUCAAAUGAAUUAAUGCGAGAGAGAACACCUGGUACUUCAAGUAUAUUCUUUGAAUAGUUUAUUUUUAUCUGUUAACUUGCUUGAUCAUUUCUAAUGAAUGGAGUUCACUAACUGGCCAAACUGGAUUUAGCAGUUGCCAAUUGUAAUUGCUCGUCAGGUUGUCUUCCACAAAGAUUUUUAUAUGCAGAACGUCCGCCCCCCGACAUUGAUUCCUUUUGUGUUUCACACUGUACGGUGCAUCCGGAAAGUCUUUCCAGCGCUUCACUUUUUCCACAUUUUAGGUUCAAAACGUA